UAAAUUCUGUAUAGCAACACUGGUGAUGUUGUCAUAGAUGGUUUUGUAAAAAACAUUGGUUGAAUGAGUAAACUUAAUCUAUAGUUUGUAUUCAAUUCUAAUUUAGAUUGUAAAAACUUAAUUGUGACUUGUUUCAUUUCAAGAUUAAUUGUUCUUUAUGGUUUAAAGCACAAGAAUGGCUUCAUCUAACACCUUACAAAAGGCCAUUGAUCUUGUAACGAAAGCCACGGAAGAGGACAAAAAUAAAAAUUAUGAAGAAGCCUUACGACUUUAUGAACAUGGAGUAGAAUAUUUUCUGCACGCUGUGAAAUAUGAGGCUCAGGGUGAAAGAGCUAAAGAGAGUAUAAGAGCUAAGUGCUUACAAUAUUUAGACAGGGCAGAAAAACUCAAGGAAUAUCUUAAAAAAGAUCGUAAGAAAAAACCUGUAAAGGAUGGUGAAUCAAACUCCAAAAGUGAAGAUAAGAAAAGUGACAGCGACAGUGAUUCUGAUGACCCAGAAAAGAAAAAAUUACAAGGAAAACUAGAGGGAGCUAUUGUUGUCGAAAAGCCACAUGUUAAAUGGAGUGAUGUUGCUGGGCUGGAGGCAGCAAAAGAAGCUUUAAAGGAGGCUGUCAUAUUGCCUAUCAAAUUUCCCCACUUAUUCACAGGUAAAAGAAUUCCUUGGAAGGGGAUCCUCUUGUUUGGACCCCCUGGUACUGGUAAGUCAUAUUUAGCCAAAGCUGUGGCUACAGAAGCUAACAACUCAACAUUCUUCUCUGUGUCAUCAUCUGAUCUUGUUUCAAAAUGGCUUGGUGAAUCAGAAAAACUUGUGAAAAAUCUGUUUGAAUUGGCACGUCAGCAUAAACCAAGCAUCAUAUUUAUUGAUGAAAUUGAUUCCUUGUGCUCAUCUCGUUCUGAUAAUGAAUCUGAAUCGGCUAGAAGAAUCAAGACAGAGUUUCUUGUGCAGAUGCAAGGUGUAGGAAAUGAUAUGGAUGGUAUUUUAGUUCUUGGAGCUACUAACAUACCAUGGGUCCUUGAUGCAGCUAUAAGGAGACGCUUUGAGAAGCGUAUCUAUAUAGCAUUACCAGAAGAACACGCUCGUUUGGACAUGUUUAAGUUACACCUUGGAAAUACAAGACAUCAGUUAACGGAACAAGAUAUGAAAGUUUUAGCAUCGAAGACAGAUGGAUACUCUGGAGCUGAUAUAAGUAUUGUUGUUCGUGAUGCAUUGAUGCAACCUGUUCGAAAAGUACAGUCUGCAACACAUUUUAAGAAAGUCACUGGACCUAGUCCUACUGACCCCAAUUUAAUAGUUAAUGAUCUUUUGACACCAUGUUCUCCUGGGGAUCCUGGAGCUAUGGAAAUGACUUGGAUGGAUGUACCAAGUGACAAACUUGGAGAACCACCAGUUACAAUGUCAGAUAUGCUCCGGUCUCUAGCAACGUCAAAACCUACUGUUAAUGAUGAUGAUAUGAUAAAAUUGAAGAAGUUCAUGGAAGAUUUUGGUCAAGAAGGUUAAUUCCGCUUUUCAGAUUUACCUAAUUUAUAGUGUUAAGCAGAUUAUAAAGCACAGUGCCUAUAUUUUUGCGAGAGCUUUUUACAAUAACUAUGAUUUUCGUUCUUUCAUUAAAGUAAUUGUGUGAUUAUCAUUUAAUUGCUUAUAAAAUAUAUGAUAGUAAAAUAAGCACUAUGUUAAUUAUUUAGAAUAUUGAUACAGUUAAAAGUCUGGAAAAUAACAUGUUUGUUAAAAGUAAAGAGAUAUUUAAUUCUUACUGCAACUUAAAUAUAUUAAUGUUAUUUACUAUUAAAGGAAAUUAGGAGAAAUUAAUUCAAUAUUUGUAACGGAUAUCGCAGACCUCAUUUCAUUAAUUUUAUUGCUAGGUAUGUAUUGAUUAUGUGAUCUUAAAGAUUUUAAAUAAUAUGUGACUUGCAUUAAAUUGAGAUUUUUUUUAAAUGUAAAUGCAUAUAUGAUCUAAUAUACAUUACACAUAUUAUCUUGUAACACAUAUAUAUUUAUGUAUUUUUUGUUUAUUUAAGGUCUAUCUACACAUUUAUGUAGUUUGGUACGUCCAUCAUAAAAAAAACCUGAAAAUUUAAUGUAAUUUGUGAUCUAUCUUCAUUAUAACUGAUAUAUAGAACAGUAACAACUUCUGUGUUCAUUAUACACAUACAUUUUUUUUAAGUGUGUAUAUGGAUUUUCUCAUGUUGUACGUUUUUGGUAGAAAUAAAUUAACAUUCAACAAGAUAUAUGUAAUUAGAGACAUAGUUCAUUAAAUUUACAUUUUUAAAAAACAACAUUGGUAUGUUCUGUUAUUGCAAAUUUAAAAUAUAUUUUUUUAUGAAAGUCUAUAUAUCGAUUUUUUUUUUUUUUAUUAAAUAGCACUUUAGUU